UUUUUCAUUGUCAAAAAAUAAAAGACAUAAAAAAACAAAAGGGUCCAUGUAAAAAGGUAAUAAAAUAUAAGAAAAUGGAGACAAUCUCAGCGAAAGGACUAAAGCCCAUAUGACCAAAGUCACGCACAUGCAAUGCAAAUAAAUAGAACAGAGGUGGUCUGCUAGAUAGAGAGGAGUGAUGUAUACCUUACGGACUCUAGGGAGCGUAGGGAGCGUUGGUGAAGGGCAGUUCCCACUGAAGGAACGCCCACCGCCGGUUUCGGUGGAAGAGGCAUUCUCGGCAAGGAAAGAGAGAAACGGGGGUAGUUACGUCUCACACUAGAGAGGGAUAAUCGGAGACAGAGGGCUUCUCAGCGAGAGGAGAGAGAAUCGGGUGGUGUUUGUUACGUGAAAGAGAAUCGGUUCCGAUAGUAGGUAGAGGGAUUUUCGUGGGAUUUUCGUGGGUGGGGUGUAGGUGUAGCUCAGCAGGGUAAUCGGGAGAGCAAGAAAUCGAGGAUAAAGGGGUAAAUGGUCUAUGGUGUUGGAGAAACUAGGGUGGAGAAUGGGAGAGAGAUCGAGGGAGAUUGAGGAGACCCACUUACCUGCUAGGGUUGUUUCUUAACUCACAACCACCACUUCCAAAUUGCACCCAAAAGCAACGGUGCCGGGUAGAGUGUUUUCUCUUCUACAGUUUUGUGACAAUGGAGGCAAGAGAAAGUAAUAGGAAUCAUGAGGUCGAACAGUAUCGAGAUCCUAAGCUCCUGGAUGGUCCAGACGCUCAAAAUGCUCACCGAGAUUACUGUAUUUCCCGAGCGAAGAUGAUUGCUGAAGAAUUUGCGCAGCUUAGGGGACCUAAUGCCAUCAUAGGUGAAUUGGGAGAACUUAUGGCAGAAUCGGACCUUAUAGCUAAGGCACGUCUAAAUGUCUUAAAAGAAUAUUCAAGAAAAAUACUCGUGAUGCCUGGGGUAGAUCUAAAGAAGAUAGCAGACAAGAUGAUUGGUGCAUGUGGUCCAGAACUUGAGGAAGUUUGCAGAGAAGCAAGGAUAUUCACUCUUAGGGGGAAAAGGGUCCAUGUACUACAAGAAGAUUUUGAGAUGGCGAUGGCCAAGGUCAUGAAGGACAAACAGAAGAAGACGUUCUCCGAGAGGCUGUCAAAGGCAAAAAUGGUAUGCGCAGCAAUAAAAAUGGAAGAGGCAGCACUGAGAGAAAUGAACCAAGGAGAUGCUUUUGAACGGAAACUUAAUGAACGAUUUAAACAUCUGCUGCAUCAUCUCCACCUUGUGAUUCACAUUAAUGAGUGCCACAUAUUUGAAAAUACUUAUCGAAUCUCCCGAGAUCAUGUGCUUAAAGAGGAGCUCAAACAGUUGGAAAAUGGGCAAUAUGCCAGAGACGUACAAAAUGUUGUGGGGGAAUCGGAGUUUUCAGUCCAUCAUCGUUUUGAUACCCUAAGACUACACUCAAGGAAAAUGAGAUUGAUGCCUGGUAUUGAUUUGAAAAAGAUCGCAAGGGAGGUGAAUGUUGCAUCUGAGGCAAAGAUCAAGGACGUGGCUGCAGAGGCAAGGACCACUGCUCUUUUGAAAGGAAGGGUCGUGAUAACACACACAGAUUUUGAGAUUGCAGCAGCUAAGGUUAUGGAGAAGGAGAAGGAGAAGGAGAAGGAGAAGACACAUGUUAUUCCACAUGUUCGAGUAAAAUAAUUUAGUGGACCCUUAAAUGCUUGACCCUCCUCUAUACGGAUAUUCCCUUUGGGUAAAAUAUGUCAUUAGCCCUCAGUGUUGGUGGAAAGAUUUCUUAUGUGUUAUAUGAGAACACCUGAUCAUCAGUUUCUUAUUUGUAAUAGGAGAGCUCCUGGUCAUUAAUGAUUUUAUUAAAGUUCAUAAAUUGUUUUGAAAUUUUUUUUUCCUUCA